AUGGUGGCGGCGCGGCGGCGGCGCUGGGGGGUGCCGGUGCUGCUGGCGGCGUACGUGGGCUACCUGGGGCUGGGCGCCGCCGUGCUGCAGGCGCUGGAGCGGCCGGCCGAGGUGCGGGCGGCCCAGAACCUCCUCCGGGAGCACUGGGAGCUGCUGGCCAACCACACCUGCCUGCAGGGGCCCGCCCUGCAGCGGCUCAUCGAGGGUAUCAUCCAAGCCUACAAGAGUGGCAUAACCCUCCAGGGAAACACCACUAGCCUGGGCAGGUGGGACUUCAGUGGGUCUUUCUUCUUCUCCAUCUCUGCAAUAACAACCAUUGGCUAUGGGAACCUGAGCCCCAGCACUGCAGUUGGUCGAAUCUUCUGCAUCGUGUUUGCACUUUUUGGGAUCCCCUUGAACCUCAUACUCCUGAAUGAAAUUGGGCAGCUGAUGCUGCUUGGGGUUCAGCACUGUGCCUGUCGCCUAGAGGAGGUGUUUCACUGGCAGAAUAAAGCUUCCUUCCUGAUGAAGACCUGUGCACUGGUAACUGGCUUGUUAUUUUUCCUCCUGCUACCUCCCUUGUUGUUCUCUGACAAAGAAGGCUGGUCUUAUGAAGAAGGCUUCUACUAUUCCUUCAUUACCCUCAGCACUAUAGGGUUUGGAGACUAUGUGAUUGGGAUGAACCCAGAUCGCACCUAUCCAAGCUGGUACAAGAAUGUAAUCUCUCUGUGGAUCCUCUUUGGGAUGGCCUGGCUAGCACUGGUUAUCAAGUUUUGCAUCACCAUUCUAGAGAGCUCCAGUGACUUCUGUCAAUGCAACAAGAAGAACACGGAGAUGGCGGAAGACUUAAUGGAUGAUAACAAAAAUGGCAUGAGUGGACUUCAAAAUGUGGAGAUCUGCAGUGACAGAGACAAAAAUGAAAGUGCCAGUUGAAUCUCACUCUCACACAGCCCCUGCAGAAGCCCUGUAGGGAAGAAAAAUACCCUCGGUGUCCUGUAGGUUUUACUGCACCAGAGACAAUUUACACAUUUAGAAACGUGUAAGUGGAGCUGCCCUGACCUGUGGACAGGGUGACAGUUUGCUUAUUGAGCUUGAAAUGCUUUUAUUCUGAAUUGAGCAACGAGAGAAUGUUUCAUUUGCAGCACCACCAAGUAGUACCAACAGGACUCUUAGUCAAAAGUAGAUUUAUGGAAACGUUACCUGCCCUCCCACCUCAAUCUAUGAAGUAAUCUUUGACAUUCCUGAGCAACACUAGCUGUUGUCCAUUUCUUUGCAUGAUUCUUGCAGCCUCUAGUUAUGUGUAUGGCACUUUGCAAAUGCCACAGCCAUAAAAGCAAGUGCCAUUUAAUGCAGAAAACAAGUAGCAUGUUGCCAAAAGAAAUGAACAGCACUGUUUAAAGCUAUCUGGCAGCCUUGUGAAAGGAGGUAACAAGGUUUUGCUUCCGAUAAUUCGUACAGGGAUGGCAAUGAGGAAGAGCUUGUAGAGGUGCCUGAUAAAAAAAGAUAAUUCAAUUUUUUUAAAAAAGUAAUUUCUACAUCAGAGGUCUGCUAACAGAAAGCGACUACUGGGUAGGCUAUUCCUUACUUCAGAACUUAUGUGAGUUCAUCCUUUGAAGAAUUUUGCAGACCAGAUGUCAUCAUAAACGUGACAGUUCAUUUAGGUAGAUUUGUAUUUUGCCACAUUUUGCAAGUCGGAAAAGGACUAGAGGCAAUUUUAAGAGUCAGUGGUUCCAGCAUUUUCCUAUUGCCGAUGUUAACGAGGGCUACUUCAGUCUAGAAACAGACUGAAUUUUCUUCAGCUGUGAUCAAGAGACGCUAUUUUGAUGAACUUCUCAUUUCAUGAAUGAUUAAUGUACCUGUUCUAUCUAACAUCUUAUAUAUUACCACAAAUGCCUUAAAUCUGCAGAAUGCCAGAUGCUUAUUUAAUUGUGUCAGUCGUGAAACAGAACUUGGUUGGGUCUUUUUAAUUCCAUUAAAUUCUCAAAAACCUUUUGAUAUAUUAUGCCAUUUAUAAAGGUGCAACAGAGUCUAACUCCUGGUGCUGUUUGUAUUCCAUUAUCUGUUCUUCUCAUUUUGUUAUUCCUGUUGUGCUGUUUGCAUCCUAAGCAUUAACUUCGAAAACUUUACCAUGGCAGCAAGCCAGAAUGAAGCAUUUGGUUGAGCCUUCAGCUUUUGCAAUAAACCAAGAUUCCAUGAGGUUGUUAGAGAAAAGACUGAAAACAGAGUCUGUUGGAAUAUGGGACUGAGGAAUUAGAAAUAUCCAUUCACAGAAAUGGAAGGAGUGAAAAGUGUACAGUCUUCAGGAACACAAGUUCCAAAACAUAUACUGUGAAAAAAGUGUUUCCAGAAGAGGCCAGUCUGAGUGUUGAUAUCUGGUGGAACUGAUUACAGGAAAGAAACGCAUCAAAGGGAUCAGUUGUUGACCUUUUUCUGAUUGCACAGUAGUAAAUGUUCUCUCAAAUACUGUUUGAAGGGGCAGCAGAGAUCAGGAAGGGAAGCAGUGGACCUCUUGGAUCAUACUAAUGCAAAAUAAAUACAUUUCAAAUUUUUGAA